UUCGGUGAAGCUAGCGUCUCGUUUCAUCUAGCGAUUUUACGAGAGAAAUAAGAUAUGCUAAGAUAAAAAAAAUAAGAAGAUAAUAAUAUAAGAUAAGAUAGAUAGAUAUUUUUAAAAUUUUUGUUAAUGAGUUACGAGAAUAUUUCGUAUCGGUUGUUAUACAAAUGAGGAUUUCACGUGGAAGAAAUUUAAGGAAGUGAUUUUUGAGACGUUAUUUGAAAGACGUGUACUGAGUGAAGUGCUAAGUGAAGUGAUGUUGUUGGAAGUGUGAAGUGUUUGCUUACCGGCCUCCUUAUAACGGCAUUGGAAUCUUUCGAAGGCGAGAGGAAAAAAACGUAAUUAGAGAGAGCGAGAGAUUGGAAAAAAAGUUAUUUGAGAAAGGAUAGUUAUAGAUUCUUUGGAUAUAAAUGUAAUCUAAGAGUGAGAGGUUCGAAUAAGAAUAAGAGGAAGUUAAACAAGAAACAAAAGUGAACAAAAGCAGAAGAGAACCCGGACGUAACGAAAUACUAAAGUGACAACAACAGCAAAACCAACAACAACGACAACAACAAAAGCAACGAAACCAACAACAACAGCAAUAAAAGCAACAACACCACCAACAACAGCAACAACAACAACAACAAAAGAAACAACAAUAACAACGACAACAACAACACCAACAACAAAAGCAACAACACCAACAAAAACAACAACAAAAACAACAACAAAAUGAGAUCUGCGCCCACAAUCAUCAUCUUCGCCUCCGCCCUCGGUGUCCUCAGCGGCGACCAACUGCACACCUCGCCUUCAGAAGGACCACGCCGCCCUCUGACCUCUGACCCUGUGCCCUUCCCUCCCGAUGACCUCGUGGCGCCCUUCGUCUCCAAGGUCACAGCCCUGCCCGACUACAGCCUUCAAGACCUACUGCAGCCGUUCUUGGGAGGUCAAGGUCACGGCAAGCUUCAGGAGGACUUUGACCUCGCCCAGAAGGACUCUUUCAGGGACUCGACGGCGGCAGAAACGACGAGGGACCCCACGCCCUUCGCUGGGGUCAAGGAGGACCUCAUUCGGGCCGUUGAAAGCAGAGGCAAGGCAGUGGCGAGACAAUUCUCCUCUCUGAGUUUCCCCUCACUCGAAGCUGCUCUUCUCUCGCUCGCUUUCCUCACCUUCGCCGUGUUCCUCAUUGAUUUAGUCCAGGACGUCCUGAGUACCAACUCGACCUCCACGGGACGUCACACUCGCAACGCCAGGGACCCGGAUGAGGACCAGCGCACCACUGACCUCAUAGUCCUGGCACUGACCUCGCUUGACACGGUGUCACACGGCCGCGAGAACCCCGAAUGCGGACAGAAGCUGCUGUGUCAUCUGAAUCGGUCUGGCUGGCACGACGAUGGCAUUCUGGGCACCGCGUCGAAUUAUGUUAUGAGUUUGUUCCUGACACUGCUCUCCCCUGACUCUGGCUUUCAACGGAACCUCGACGCUGCGCAGUACGGGAGGGACCAGCAAGAGUGUGUUGAUAAAUAUACCUCCUGUCCAUCCAUUUUGGGUGACCUGAUCUACCAUAGAUGACCUGUUGUGAGACCUGUUUUGGCGUAGGUGACCUGUUGUGCGACCUGUUUUGGCGUAGGUGACCUGUUGUGCGACCUUGUUUUGUUAUUGAUUAACUGCUAUUAUGACUUGUUCUGUUAUAUACGAGUUGUUGUUACGGCAUGUUUUGUCAUAGAUGACUUUAUUCACGACCUGUCCUGUCUUAGAAUGACCUCUCUAACGACUUGUCCUGUCUUAGAUGACCUCCCUUUUGACCUGUCCUGUCUUAGAUGAAUAGCUAACACGACCUUAGUUAUGAAAGAUAACUUUACCUACGACCUGAUCUGUAAUAUCUGGCUUUCUGUAAUAUUUAAGAUCUUAUAGAUGACCUGCAAUGUGACCUGAUCUAUUAUAGCAACACUUAUGUGAUCCGAUUUAUACUGAAUGACUUGAACGACCUAAAUGACCUUCUGCAUGACCUGUUAUGACCCGAUCUAGCACAGAUAACCUCCUGAACGACCUGAUCUAUCUCAAAUGACCUCUUGCGCGACCUGCUGUAUCAUAAAUGACCCGUUGUGACUCGAUCUAUCACAUGAACUAUUCCCUUCUGCGUCAGCAAUGAUUUCGUCUGUGACCUGAUAUAUCAGAGGUGACCUAUGACCUCUCACUAUAGCCUAGUAUAGCACAGGUGACCCGUACGACCUAGUUUAUCACAGACGGUUAACUCAAUUAUGACUGACCUCGUUUCUCUCUCUUCUUCAUUUUCCUUUUCCACACCUUCUUCUGUGUUUUAUUCUUCUAAUUUUUCCUCCCACAAAUAUAUAUAUAUAUAUUAAAUUUUCGUAGGGUGGCAUAAAAAUCUGCAACAUAUCAGACGAAUAACUUAAAAUUAGAUAUAAUGAAAGUAAGAUAUUGAUUGGUUUUGUUUAAGAUUUAAAUGAAUGUCUGAACCCUUCCCCCCUAAAAAAAUGUUGAAAAUGCAAUAUUAACAUUUUUUUUAGCUCUCUCUGCCUCUAUUUGUCUCUAUUCUGCAUGUCUGACUGCCACACAAAUCUCUGUCUGUCUGUCUGUCUGCCUGUCUCUCUCUCUCUCUCUCUCUCUCUCUCUCUCUCUCUCUCUCUCUCUCUCUGUCUCUCUCUCUCUGUCUCUCUCUCUCUCUCUCUCUCUCU